GAAUGAGUCAACUCUGCAUGUGUUUUAAUGUUUUCAUUUGAAUAAUAAUGAAUUUUAUGGACAGAAUUUGGAGCAGAAUUACAACUGAAUAAAGAGUGUGAGCAUAUGAACGCCACAUCUGCAAUGGAAAACUUAACCCUGGCCACCAAUCAUUCAGAAUGUUACUCGGCUGACAGCUCAUCCAGGAGGAAGCCGUUUCUAUUUUUCUACCUGGCCAUCAUCGUCACUGCCAUCCCAUCCAACGUCUUCUCCCUCUACGUUUCCUGGCAGCACAUUAGACAGAAGAACGAGCUGGGUGUGUAUCUGUUUAACCUGGCCCUGAGUGACCUGACCUUUACCAUCGUCCUCUCUCUGUGGCUGCACUUUCUGUGGACAGGAGUUUGGGCCCACGGUGGCUAUGUUUGUGUGCUAUCUGUCUACUUUCUCUUCACUAACUUUUACACCAGCGAUGCUCUCCUCUGCUGCAUUGCUGUUGACCGCUACCUGGCAGUGGUUCACCCAUUAAAGUACACUUUCUUGAGGAAAGUUGGCACUGCAGCAGUAAUCAGCGCUGCCAUUUGGGUGUUAGUGGUCUGUUUCAAUGCCACCACCAUCACCUGGGAGGACUCAUACCAUGAAAACAACAAGUCUUCGGUGUGUUUUGAUAUCUUCGUCCCACUGUCAGAAACCUUGGCUCGGGCUAAUAUAGCACGUUUCUUCCUGGGCUUUAUUGUUCCCAUUCUCCUGCUGAUGUUUUCCACCUGGGGGAUCUGUGAGGCAGUGAAAUCCAACCAGGCCACAGAGGAACAGGAACGUAAACGGAUUUCAAAGCUGCUGACAGUUGUCCUGCUCUGCCUUUUGUUCUGCUUCGGACCUAUUCACGUCCUUAUGCUUCUCCGCACACUAGUGGAUGACUGCAGGAAUGUUGCGUGGCUUCUCUAUCCGUACAAGAUCAGCACAGCUAUCUCGAGCCUGAACUGCCUUGCAGACCCUCUCCUUUACUGCUUCAUUACUAGAACAGGGAAGGCAAAUGUCAAUCAGGUUGUUCUCUUCUUCCAGGUUAAGAAGAGAAGCAAAGAUGAUGGUGUGGUGUAGGUUAAAUAAAGCACAAGACAGUUAUACAUUAAACAGAGGAGAAUAGUCAAUAAUAAAAAGUUUACACAAUUGCAGACACUGUUUCAAAAAUGAUGUCAGCUGUAGGUCUAUUUAAAUAAAUGUAGAUCUAUGUAUAUUCUAUAUUCUAUAUAAAAGACCCAAAACAAAAAUGGGUUAGUCUGUCUCUCAGAGCUUUCUGAUACCUUGUCUGUGGCACUCUGCUCCAAGCCCAUACAUUUCUAAUGAACACAUGAAUCUUUAAAUUACUCUGCUUUGAAUAAUAAUUUUUCCACAAAAAAAAGUGAAGUAACCCCCUUUAAAAUGUAAAGAUUACAUCCUCACCUUCUCCCUCAUUGAGAAAUCCAACAUCUGUUAAAAAUGCAAAUAUUUUUUAAACUGCUUGAUACAAGUCUCCUAUAUUUUCACAGUAGGUCAAAUGUUCUCAGUAUUGUGUAUCUCACUUGUGUAAGUUGCAUAUUGGGCCUUAAUUGGCUACCAAAAUAGGCUUCAAAGUUGAUCAUUCCCAAUUGCAGAUCUGUGUUACCAUUAUUAUGUCUGCCCACCCCCUUGUUUAAAAUGACAGUUUGCUUUGCUUGUACUGCACAUCUCUGCUAUCAAGGUACUUUAUUAACAUCAGCAUAUACCCUUUAUCAGCAGUGACUCAUGGAGAACAGCUGUUCCAUGGUGGAGUAUUUAACACCACCAUUGUGAAACCUCCCCCAGACAAGUCCAAAGAAAAUAAAGGGAUUUAAAUGCAAAGGUGAUGCCAUGCAUCAUUUAAAUAAUGUGUGAUUAGGAAAAUAAUAUUUGACUGUGGUUUCAGUUCAGCUUUUUUUGACACACUAUUUGUAUUUUUGGUCAGAUAUUAUGAAUGUAUUUGCAUUUAACAUACACAUUUUAUUUGUUCCUUUAUUACAUCACAAAACAUGGU